AUGUCGCUCGUUUUUGAAUCAAGUGAUGUGAGGUGGCCCCCGCCGCUACCGAGUACGCCGUCCACCGUGGAUCUAAGGUACGGCGCCAUGGCGGCGACCACGUAUAUGCCGGGAGAGCUGGAUCUCGGCAGCAUCAGCGGCUAUCACGCUGCGUCGCCGCGCAGCGCUGAGCCGGCUGACAUGAAGUACCAGCACCACCUGCACGCUAGCGGGUCCCCGUCUCCGGGCGCGCCCGUGGGUCUCAACCCGUGGGCCUCGCUGCCGCCCGGCGACCCCUGGUCCAUGCAUCAGCACCACACUCAUGUGCAUCAACCUGACGUGAAGCCACCGGCCGCUCCACACGAUCACCGUCACCUGCAAGGCCAUGGUUGGCACGCACCGGUUGUAUCGGCACAUUACGGGGCCGUCUCGCCCUACCCGGUGCCCAUGCACCAGCACCACAUGCUGCGGGACGUGCAGCCCUCGCCGCAUCCCAUGCAUCAUCAUCACGCGCUCGAACGCGACCAGCCAGAAGAGGACACACCGACCAGUGACGACCUAGAAGCGUUUGCCAAACAAUUCAAGCAACGCCGCAUCAAACUCGGCUUCACGCAGGCCGACGUAGGUCUCGCAUUAGGAACCCUUUAUGGCAAUGUGUUCUCUCAAACGACGAUAUGCCGAUUUGAGGCUCUACAGCUCAGUUUCAAAAACAUGUGUAAAUUGAAACCACUUUUGCAAAAAUGGCUAGAGGAAGCCGACUCGACGACGGGUAGUCCGACCAGUAUCGAUAAAAUAGCCGCCCAGGGUCGCAAGAGAAAGAAGCGAACAUCCAUCGAAGUGUCAGUGAAGGGUGCGCUAGAACAACACUUCCACAAGCAGCCGAAACCCUCCGCCCAAGAGAUCACGAGUCUGGCGGAUAGUUUACAACUAGAGAAGGAGGUGGUCAGAGUAUGGUUUUGUAAUCGUCGGCAGAAGGAAAAGAGGAUGACGCCGCCGAACACGUUAGGCGGUGAGAUGUUGGACGGGAUGGGUCACGGGCACUACGGGCACGACGUGCACGGCUCGCCGCCGCUGCACGCUCACUCGCCGGCGCUGUCGCCGCACGCGCAGCACGGCCAGCACGCCCCGCACGCGCCGCACUCGCAGCACCCGCAGCACGGCCUCCAGAGCGCGCACACCCUGGCCGCACACUAA